AUGCUCUGCGUGGGUGUGUCGCCGGCAGUGCACCGUGGCGGUUGUGCAUGGACGGUGCGAGCGACGAGCUGGUCAUCUCCGCGGUCCGGGCGGCUUCGGACGCUUUCGGGCAUGGAAGCGGAAUUGGCGGCUCGUUGGAAUGAUCUCACCAGCUUCUUGUCCGAGAAAACCAGGGAGAAGUGGUACAAGAUGAUCAUCGACGCUUAUACGCGAAGGCCUUUCCGUGGCAUCGCACAUCUUUGCGCGGUGUUCUCGCUAUUCGACAAGUACAAAGACCAUCUGAAGGAUCGCUAUGCGACCGCGUUCGCAAUUUUCUUCAAAAACCUCGUGUACGAUCCGCUGGCCUCUGAUAAUGCCGAGAAGAGCGCGCAGUUGUUACAUAAGUUCGCGCAGGAGACCACGCUCGAUUCGGUGGAAUUCGUUAAGGAAAACUACGUUGCUGAUCUCAUAACGGCUUCUGGCUCAUAUUCCACCGAGGCCCACCUCAGCGAAGGAGUUUGCGGUGCUGAAGAUGUGCAUUACCUCAUUGACUUCGACAUGGCUUUUCUUGGGGAUGAUGAAGAACAAUUUGUCAAUCACGAAAAAGCUCAACGGAAGGAAUAUGACCAUAUGAGCGACGAUGAAUAUAGGAAUCAAAGGGCAAAGGUGCAAAUCCUUUUUUUCUCGUUUUUUUCCGCAGCAUCUCUUACCUUUCUCUCUCGUAUUCGAUAG